GUUUCUUUUUUCUGUCUCGAAGAUCCGUCGCCCUUGAGAAGAACUCUUAGAGUACCUCUCUCUAUCUGCCAAAGGACGCCACGCGAACCAUCCGACCGACGGAAUCCGCUUCACUGGUUCAAAUACUUACAGCAGGUCUAACCCGCUCUGCACACCGUGGAAUCCUAGUGCAUACUCACCAUCGAAUGCGCCUCAGACAUACACUGCAUGUUGAAAAAUUGCUUGUCGGAUGUUUCUUACUCUACCAUUUAUUCCCCAACUGCUGUUCUACGGGCGAUACACAUACCUGUCUACAGGUUGUGAAGACAAUUUUAAAUUCCCACUCCUACUCUUUCGACUUUUUCCUUAUUCGUACAGUCCUUUCCUUUGUUCAUCGGGAGUGUCCUCCACGGGAUGAUACCCUCUUUCACAUACCCCUUGCUUAACCUUAUCCAUUCCCCUUGCUCGGCCAGUCCUUGCAGUAGAUCCCGCGCGCUUUUGUUGACCCCGUCCAGUCCCGCUCAGUUUUCCCUUUUCUUUCUUUGCUUUUUUCCAUCUUGGUCAAAGAACGGACAAGGGGCAUGGUAGCAUCCAUACUAUGCCCGUGGACUUAAGCCUCAUUUCUAGAACUAUACAGUGUGAGUGUCGAGAACGAGUACUCUUUGAAACAAACUCCA